AUGUCGAAAAUUGAGUUGGUGAUUUUUGCAUUAAUUGUGCUGGCCAAGGAAUCUAGCUCUCAGCAAUGCCCAUGUAAGUACAGUUUUGGUAUUAAAUUUCUUUUUUGGCGCUGAAUUUCCUUAUUGACACUGAAAUUUUUUGCACUGUAUUUCGAUAAAAUUGCACUGCUCUUAUAGUCAGUCAGAAACGAGUAUUUGUUUCAUUGUAAUUGAGAGUAAUUAUAUUAUUGUCGACAAAACAAAACUAUUAGCUGCACUAAAGCAAAUACAACAAAUUUUAAAACAAAAAUUAGUUUUGCUUGCGCUGUUAUACUUGAUAAGAAUAUAACAAUGUAUACGCUAUAGCUUUGAAUUUGGCAACACAAAUUUGAGAGUUUUUUUCAAAGGAAUUAAAUGGUAAUAAAGAUAUAUCAUUUGGGUUGCAUCGCAAGCGCCAUUUAUCGAUACUUAAAAUUCCUUAAAUAAUCCGUAUAUCGUACUUGUAGGUAAUGAUGGCUUGAACUUUGUUGGUGACAACGUGAACGAAUACGGCAUAUCCCGAGGAUUAGAGAAGUCGUUAACUGCCGUCACUGCGUGUUUUUGGAUGAACAUUUCUCCCUGUUAUGCAGAAGAUCAUGGACCAACUAUUUUGUCGUAUGCAACCCACCAGUCAGAUAAUGAGCUAAUCAUUUGGGUUAAGCCAACCCUAAAAGUGGCUCGCGGAAGUGUAUGGGCUGA